AUGAGACCUGAACAAACCUACGAGAUCUAUACAGAAUCCGAAUAUGGUGAAUCUGACAAUGACUACAUAGAAGGUGAUUCUCUCUUUGACAGUUGCAGCGAAGUAGACAACAACAAUUACGAUUCGGGAACUGAACAAGAAGCUUACGAAGAAGAAACAUACCAAGAAUUCUGCAGCGACUUUGAUAGAGAAAACGUGUCGUCCGAAUUUUUCCAAACUUUACGAGAACGAGUUAGUCCGAUUCUCGAAUUGAAAAACCAAUUACGAAUUUUAAGCUAUAAGAUUGAAAAUGAUGAACGUUAUACUACGAGUCAACUUUUAGAACAAGAGCUGAAGAUGCAUCGCAGUUUUGAACUCGCGUUUCCCGGUGAUAUUGAUGAUCAUCCGGAUAAGGAGUGGAGAGUAUUUCGUAAUUAUUUAGAUGAUGCGAGAUUGGCUGUUGAGGAUUUGUGUUCAUUGCUCAAUGAUGGUCAAUUGUGUUUACAUUCGCACUGGCCUCAUUAUACUCCUUCCGAACGGGAAGACGAAAGUAGUGCGGAUGGAGAAUAA